UACCCUUUUUUUUUAUCCUUUCUAACACAUGGAUUUGAUUUCAACCCCCCUUCAUUGCGAAGAACUAAGACCAAAAACAAGCUGGCUUACUAACACUGGGAUCAGAGAGCAGCCAUCAAAUUGGUCUUCUUUGAUCUUUUCCGCUUAAAUUCCUUGAACGAAACUACCUUAAAAGUAGUAGUAGUAGUACUACCACCAGAGAGAGCCACCGGACGAGAAUAUUCUUUUACAUAUACGGAUCGAUCAUGAUCUUCCAACUGUCUAGCUAGCUAUAUCGUCGAAUUAAGCUCAUCCAGUUUGUGAUCAUGAACAUGGAAGCUCACACCUCUUGUAAUGAAAAGGUGAAAACCCUCCGAGCAGGCUUGGAGAGUUUGCGAAAAGAGAACGAGACUCUAAGAUUCAAGCUCGAAGCUAUGAACAGAAAAUGCAACAUUCUUCAAGUCCAGCUUCAAGAAAAAAAGGCACAAAAAUUGGGCGUAAUCGAUUUAACUGAAAGCCGCUCGAACAGUGAAAUUACAAGCUGCAAGAGAGCACGGAUCGAGCUGCAGGUUCCGACAUCUAAUAAGACAUCACGAAUUUUAGUGAGAACAGACUCUACGGACAAUAGCCAAGUAGUGAAAGAUGGCUAUCAAUGGAGGAAAUAUGGGCAGAAGGUUACUAAAGACAACCCAUCACCUAGAGCUUAUUUCAGGUGUUCCAUGGCUCCGGCGGGAUGCCCCGUCAAAAAGAAGGUACAAAGAUGCGUAGAAGAUCAGUCUUUUCUUGUGGCAACCUAUGAUGGAGAGCACAACCAUGAUGCUAAUUAUCAUGUUCCAGCUCUUAGGGACUCUUUAUCUUCAUCAGAUGAUGAAGUACUACCCAAAGCCGGCUCAGUGGCUAAUAUUAUUUAUCCUCCGUACCCGGUUGAGAAUCACUCAUUUGAACCAUCUAUCGCCCUAGAUCUUAGUCUUUCUGGGCCAAAUGAAAAAAGUCGAAGAAAUGAUCAUAUUGUGGAAAAUAAACUCCAUAACAACAACUGCAACGUCAACAUUGAAGAAUAUGUGGCCUCUUUCACUAAGGAUCCCAGCUUCACCGCAGCUUUAGCUGCAGCAGUUGCACGCUCCAUGACCCACCCGCAGCCUAAACCAUCGAAGAUUUGAAUAUCAACAUGAUCUCUUCAUCUCAUCUUGUAAAGAGAGGAAAACAGCAUAGAAUCUAAGUCUAAUUAGAAUGAUAUAUAGGUUUCUUUUAGGUGUUAGUUUUUAAGAAAUAAGGUUCAAGUGCUUGAAGUUUCGAUCUUUAACUUUUCUAUUUUUAUGAAUCAGUUUGGUUUAUCUUUACAAAAAUGGGAUCAAAGGGAAAAGGCAUUGUUAUAUAUAUGAUCUCAUGCAUGCGUUAAUUAUAAGCGUUCAACUGAUUUAAUUUGUAGUUUCAACAUCAGAUCAGAUAAAUAGUACUACGUACAGGUUCUGCA